AUGGAGGAUACGCAGAACUCGGCGCCCGAUGCGCUGGAAGCAACCAAGCUGAAUACUGGCUCUCAGCGCAAUGACACGCAGAGCGUAACCAAGCGCCUGCAGGCUGAGCUGAUGCAGCUCAUGCUCUCGCCCUCCCCCGGCAUCUCUGCCUUCCCCGACGCCGAUGGCAACCUCUUGUCCUGGACCGCCACCAUCACCGGUCCGACCGAGACCCCCUACGAGGGCCUGAUCCUCAAGCUGUCCUUUGCCUUUUCUAACAACUAUCCCUACGCGCCUCCGACCGUUCUCUUCAAGACGCCCAUCUACCACCCCAACGUCGACUUCUCCGGCCGCAUCUGCCUGGAUAUCCUGCGCGACAAGUGGAGCGCCGUGUACAAUGUGCAGAGCGUGCUGCUCAGCUUGCAGUCUCUGCUCGGCGAGCCGAACAAUGCGAGCCCGUUGAACGCUCAAGCUGCCGAGCUCUGGGAUACAAACCAAGAGGAAUUCAAGCGCCACGUCCUCGCCAGACACCGCGACCUGGAUGACGAGUAG